AUGGAUAUAAUCGAGGUGCAGACGCCAAUGCCUCGGACUUGGAUAAAGGCAGUGCACUCCCAAUCCGCGUCGUGGAGCGGGAAUGCCAAUAUUGUACGGUCACUGCUCGACCACGGUGCUGAUAUCGAUGCCCAGGAAGGGGAACUCUGGAAUCCACUGCACACCGCUGCCCAAAGAGGGCAUCAGAAGGUUGUGCAGGUACUGCUAGAUCGAGGCGCCAGUGUAAAUGCUCGGAAAGGGGAGUAUGACAGUACUGCACUUUGUUUUGCAUCAUCGAAUGGCCAUGGAACUAUUGUGCAGAUGCUACUUGAUCACGGUGCGGAUCUCAAUAUGCAAGCCGCAGAUCUCAGUAUCAAAGGCGAUCCCCUCUAUCCGCCACAUACUCACGCGGUGAACAAAAGACAAAAUGCCAUCGUCCGGAUGCUGUUGGACCGUGGCGCCGAUGUCAAUGCCCCGGGAAAAGACGGCCUUACCGCACUGAUGUGCGCAUCAUCUAAAGGGUUUGAAGACACGUUAAAGAUCGUGCUAGAUUGGGGGGCAGAUAUCGAUGCCAAUUGGGAGUCUAGUAGUGCACUCCAACUCGCGGUGUUUGGAGGUCAUGAGAAUAUCGUGCAGGUUCUGCUAAAUCGGGGCGCCGGUGUCAAUCUCAAUGGGAAUUGUGUCACUGCACUCCAAGCUGCAGCAUUUAAAGCAUGA